CUCGGGACAGGAACUCGGUGAAGGUCUCUUGACUGAAGGAGGGCAGAAGGGUUUGUAGAGAAUUGGACUUGUAACAGCCUUUAAAAAGGCAGCUGCAUAUGCAGAUGUGACGUUGAAGGAGCUAACUGCGUUUGGUUUAGCCAUGUUUGUAGACUAGGCUUAUCCAGAAAUUUUGAAUGGGAGUCAUUUGUCACUUGUACCGCUUUUAAUGCCCACAAGGGGGAGCAGUGAGGCAAAAAUUGAUUUUUUUCUCCCCCUUAGGUAGGGAUGUUGACCAGCCCUUUGCUUAUUCUAAGAACAGUGUUUAAAAUGUACUGAAAGUUUCCGUGUGAACAUCUUGUCUCCCUGUAGUUGUAACUUUGAAAAUAUUUCAGUUAUUAGAGUUCAGUUCAUUGAUUCGGAUUCUCCUUUGUAUAUAUGUGACGAAAAAUCUGUUAAGAGUGCAAACUAGGCAUAUACCAGAAGAGAAUGUACAUGGUAGGUUGUCUUGGAGUAGUGACCAAGGCUUGUCUGCCUGUAGUUUUCCAGUCUUACACCCACAUCUCCUUUUCCUGAACUGCCCGUGUCCUGCAGCAGCAGCAGCCUUGACCAUGACUGCCUGUGUCUGAUGCACCCUGUUCUCUGGCUGCACUUGAGACACUGAGGAUGCUAGCGAAACUGACCUGGCAAAGCAUGAUGAAGACGACUAUGUAGAAAUGAAGGAACAGAUGUAUCAGGAUAAACUGGCUUCUCUCAAGAGACAGUUGCAACAACUGCAGGAAGGCACGCUGCAGGAGUACCAGAGGAGGAUGAAGAAGCUGGACCAGCAGUACAAGGAGAGGCUGCGCAACGCGGAACUCUUCCUCCAGCUGGAAACUGAACAAGUGGAAAGAAAUUACAUUAAAGAAAAGAAGGCAGCAGUGAAAGAAUUUGAAGACAAGAAGGUUGAGCUGAAAGAGAACCUAAUUGCUGAGCUAGAAGAAAAGAAGAAAAUGAUUGAAAAUGAAAAGCUAACAAUGGAACUGACUGGAGAUUCUAUGGAAGUGAAACCCAUCAUGACCAGAAAGUUGCGGAGGCGACCAAAUGAUCCUGUCCCCAUUCCAGACAAGAGGAGAAAACCUGCUCCUGCCCAGCUAAACUAUUUGUUAACGGAUGAACAGAUCAUGGAGGAUCUGAGAACGUUAAAUAAGCUUAAGUCACCCAAGAGACCAGCAUCUCCAUCCUCUCCUGAACACUUGCCUGCCACACCAGCUGAGUCUCCAGCCCAGAGAUUUGAAGCCCGGAUAGAAGAUGGCAAAUUGUACUAUGAUAAAAGAUGGUACCACAAGAGCCAAGCCAUCUAUCUGGAGUCCAAGGACAACCAGAAACUGAGCUGUGUAAUCAGCUCUGUCGGAGCUAAUGAGAUCUGGGUGAGAAAGACCAGCGACAGCACCAAGAUGAGGAUUUACUUGGGCCAGCUUCAGCGUGGGCUCUUUGUGAUCCGCCGGAGGUCAGCGGCUUGACUUUCUACAGUGCUCUACUUCCCUUGACCCUUUUUCUGGAGUGGUUUUUGGUUUUUGGUUUUGUUUUGUUUUCUUCUUAAUAGAAAGUUUUUAACUUGGGAAUUGCUCCUUGGCCUUGGACAAUGGAGAACACUCUUGUGGAUUCUGCAAGGCACUUUCGUGGCCAGUCGCUUCCAUCUUUGUUUCAUUCUUUACUGCCUCGACUUCUUCCAACCAGUCACCAUGAGACGAUUUUACUUUCAGGAGUAUUGGGAGUUUAAUUUACUUAUUUGUUUAUUUUUUUUUGUUUUGUGUGUGUUUUUUUUCCAAGCUUCCUUUGAGUUUGAAGGGACAUUUCUUUUUAUUAAUUGUCUUCAGGUCUUUUUACCAUGAAGAGGAGCAGGAAGGGGGGAUACACUCUCCAGUGGAUUUUCAUGUUUUGAAUCUGAUUAGUGGAUCAUGUAGCUACUCCCCUUGUCAAGCCCAAUUCGGUAUUUCCCCAGAAGCUUGGGGCAGAGGUCCUAGCAGAAGGAGAUUAAUUCUCCUGGCUCUCAGCCUUCUCAGAGAAAUAAAUGCCUUGUGUAACAUCUGGCGGAGUAUGCCAUCCACUCCACUGGUUGAACGACAGAAAAAUUUGCCUGGGGGACUACGUGCACUGAAGUAAUUGGGGCUGCGGGGAGGAAGCGGCUCAUAUUCACAAUGUGUUGAAGGUACCAUAUUUUAAAUGUUAUUUAAUGCAAGUGGUUUAUUCACACACAGUUGUUUUAUUUUAGCUCGAACUGGAAACAAGAAGUGGUCAUUUCAGAUGGUUUCGUUUGCAAUUCAUUUUCCCAGCUCCCGAGUGGGUGAAGUGGUACCUGCCAUGGGCUCAUUAUCUGGGUUAUCUAUUGAGGGUGGGGAGGUGAGAUUGAUAGUGCAAUAACCAGUUAUCUACAGACUCUCACUCAUGAUUCAAAUUGCACUCUUCACUGAUGCUGUUAUUGCACAUUGGCCAUUCCAAACCCAUGGAACCUUGUUGGCUCUCGCAGCCUCCAGGAGAUCUCCCAGGAGGUCUGGCCCAGGCCAAAGACAGAGAAGGCUCUGCCGUGGCUGCCACUAAACCUACACUCUUCCUGAUGAAUCCUGAUGAAACAGCCUCCCCUGCACUCCCUGCUCCCUUUCCCUCACUCCUAAACUAGAGAUACAACUUAUUGGGUGAUGGGGUUUUUAAUAUUCUAGUUGCCACCUUACAAUGUUUAUGAAGUUUUGGGGGUUAGAGCACGUGUAAGCAUUUCUAUGGGCAAUCAGUAGACUUUGACACGUCCUAGGAAACUUUUGCAAGUAACUCCUUUGGUCUCAAGCGAUUCUCUUUGUGUUGUCUCUUGAUUUACACACCCCAAUGCAAGUUGGGGCUGUGAUGACAAGUAAAUCACCUUCUGCAAAGUCCUGGCUUCAACAGAGACCAAACCUUACUGACUUGGAGACUUGUACAGAUAUAUUUUUGUUUCAAUUUAUAAUCUAUUUUUUCUUUUUCUUUUUUUUCUGGUUGAGGCUCAUUUAAAGACAGGAUAAAUAAUGCUGUUCAUCAAAAGUUGCCUGGGCUUUUUGUGUUUUUUCUCUGUCCCCAGACCUUCAUUGUUAAGAUGUUUUUGCUGCUGCUUGGCGGCCUUUUUCUGUUCGG